AGAUUACGUAUUAAGAUCCGAUCGAUCAAUAUAAUUCAAAAAUCCUGACAGCGAAUCGACCAGCCCGUCAAACGAAAAUCAGCUGGCGCUGCAGCAGCAGGAUCAGCACGAGCGCUCAAACGAAAUCUAAUUUGUGAAAAACGAAAAUGACGGCCAACGACAGAAAGAAUUGUCCCUUUAAAUAUAAUAGAACACAAUUGGGAGUCAUUUGGAAAGAGGGGUAGAAAAUGGAAAUGGAUAUACACCCGCCGGCCGGUCGGCCGGCUAAAUGGGAAUAACAAUAAAAAACGGAAUUGUAACACGAUGGGAAAAAUAGCCAAUCUCUGCACAGAGCCCGAGAAAAGCCCAUCAGGAGCUCUAUAAGGACUCUGCUAUCCUUCCUUCCCAGGGCUCUAGCCCCAUCCGUAAGGAUCGAUAUUAUCUUCUCUCGUCUAUAAAGCUUGGCACAGCCGGAAGGGUAUUAUACCAUCAAGCGUCGGCCAACAACAGUUAUAUAGCACCUAUGUGUGUGCAGGGAAAAUGUUACCAGCUCAGCCCUACACACUCGUCUCUAGAGAAUGUACGUCCCAAAAGAAGAAUAGACUGUUUUCUAUAAAUCCUUUGCGAUUUCGCAAUCUCGCUGAGUCCAGGUCCAUCCAUCCUUGGCUCCAUUACGUCACUAUCAAAAGCGAAAAGGUUUGAUGGCUACAUCAGCCGCCAUCGAUUCGGGACCCCUCUACAUCCAUCGGAUUGCAAACGCGCUGUCUGUUUUGGCGGCGGAGGCAAUUCGUUCCACCGAGCUCCUAUCCAGCAGCUCCUAUUAGAUGUAGCCGCAAGGUUUCCAUUCCGUCCAAAUAUGGAUAGAUGUGUCUCCUCCUCCGCUUGCGCCACUCUCUGUGUGUGCGCGUUGUAUAUGCCUUGUGAUUGCAGCUAUAGGACUGUGGCCAAACAUCCAUCUCCUUUCAAGGUAUCAAUUCCGUUUCAUUCAACUUUUAGAUGGCAUCACUCACUAUAUGGGAAUCCCAACCCCCUGAUCCAUCUCUCUUGUAUUAUAAUGCCAAGAAAGAAGAAGAAGAAGAUGUCCAUUCUAUAUAUGGAGGCUCAAAGUACGACUGUGGGGAAGAAGAAUAAAAAAAUAUUUUUCAGGAAAUCAAAAAAAAGAAGAAAAGGAACGACGAUAUUCCUGUCAUGUCAGCCGGAGCCAAAAGCUGACCCGACCGCAGAGUCUCGUCAGAUGGAUGUAUAUUAUAUUCCGGCGGGCAUCAGGCAUCGCCGAGCGAGAUCACAUAUAGUAGUAGUAGUGCAGCUGUUAACAAAUAGGUUAUAUGUGCUGCUGCUCUUCCCCACCCCUCUUGUAUGAGACGCAAUCAAAACAGAUGAUCAAACGGCCCCUUUCUCCUAGCUAUCUACCAGAGCUGCUUCUUUGCUGGCUGGAGAAAACUUUGGACAUUGAAAUAUCCUUUGACUUGCAGGAGCACCGGUGUCGUAGUAGUCUAAACCCCCUGGUUCUUCAGCAGCAGCACAACUAACAUGACCCAUGCGUUUUGAUUGGAAUGUUUGAUGGGCUUCCAAGUUUCCACCGUAAAAAUAAGAAAAAGUUGCCUCCCAUUUAUUUCCCCGUCGCUUUGUUUAAGUCACUCGUCGUGCUGUAUAGUAUACACACACACACACACUGUGCGCGCACACACAUAUAAUGUUGUGUUUAGACGAUACCCACUGAGCGAUCCAUUGGAAGGAGUGGAGUGGAGAAACUCGAUAGAAACAUUAACAGUCACAAAAAAGAAGAAGGUAGUAUACUUGUUUUUUUUAUACGCCCUUAUAUAACAGACUUUUCUCUCUCAGGAAAUAACCGAAAUGUGUGCCAGCAGCAACCCUAUCGAUAGAUCAAAAGGCGCAUCAGCAGGGAUAUAUCGUACUCUACGUUUUCUUCUUCUUCCAACUGAUGUGUGCGCGCGCCACUUCAUUUUCAUCCAGUGGAUGGGAGCUGGAAAGUCAAGCUAGAGAAAAAGGGAGGAGGCAAGCGAAAAAAAGGAGAUAGCAGAGGGGCCGGACCGUGUGGUGGUGGUGGCCCAGUCAGUCACACACAAGAGACGGACUACUACCGCCGCUGAGACGGUGCACACACACACAUGUAUCCAGCGCAUUCGACAAGUACGAGCCGGAGCAGCAGGAUGAUAUCGUUGCAGCACUCCUCCGCCGCCACUACCCAAGUUGUUGUUUUGUUCAUCAUCUUUCUCGGCCGUCCAGUCGACAGUCUGGGCAGUUGUAAGGAAGCCGGACUCUGCUGUACGGGCCGCGACGCCAGUUGCGUCGUCCAGAAAACUCCGCAAAACGCCAUCAUCGAAGACCUGCGUGACACGCCGUGCUAUUGCGAUCACGCCUGUCUCAAGUUGAACGACUGCUGCCCAGAUUACCGCCAGACAUGCGGAGUGCAAGAUUGCCAAGUGUCGGAAUGGGGACCUUGGUCAGACUGCGACAAUCAGUGCGGAGCCGGCAGCCAGGAGCGGACGCGGACCAUCGUGACUGAGCCCAGUCGUGGCGGCAAAAGUUGUCCGCCCACGUUGCAGAAACGCGGAUGUCAGGGAACGUCGCAGUGCGGGACCAACAAAUCGACCCACCACAAAGCGGCUUUGAAAGAAAUGGCUAUGCUGUUACCGGCUUCGUUUGGUGCCAGCCGCCGGAUGAACGACAGCCACGACAUCCGCAAGAAUCUGCGCUUCCGCAACGCUGAGCUCGCCCAGGAGCACCCGGAAGGUUCCACCAACGAUUACUGCGUGACAUUCGAGCUGACCAAAGUGUCCAAGGCCUGCCACAAAGAGAAAGUGUUCAACUCUCUUACUGACGGCGGCGUCGUCUGUGUUCGAUGUGAACACAAGGCUACUCGUGACUAUUUGGGAGGCCGUUGCGGUGGUCACGGAGUGCCGGGUAGAAUUACACGCUGGACAUCGCUGACCAACGUCGAGUGCCAUGGCAAAUGGCUCAGACGUCCGGAUGAAUCUCACGAGGUUUCCAGCUCGACUUGUUCGUGCGACGAGGACGCUCUGUUAAUUUUCGUUUAGGUCUCAACACAAGAGACGCAAACUAUAAGGAAACGAACAAGGAAGAAGAUCAAUUUUAAACAAAAUCUCCUUAAAUUUGUUAUGCUACCACAUUAAUUAUUUCUAUUUUUUUUUCUUUGUCUUUCGAAUCAUUCUUUUUUUUUACCUAAAAUAUUCGAUCUGAGGGUGGUUUAAUUAAAAAAAACGCGAAUGAAACGAGCGAAAGCUAGAACAAAAAAAUUAACUGUCGACCCACCCAUCGAGUUUAAUGCGAGUGUGAAAAUACACAGAAAGGGAAAUUUCCAUAGAA